AUGGGUUUGAGAAAGCGUACGUCAAAGAGGGGUUCCACCCGGAUGAGGGAAGGAAUCAAGAAGAAAGCAGCAGCUCACAGACGUAAGGAAAGAAAAAAUGCCAAGAAAGAUCCUACAUGGAAAUCGAGAGUUAAAAAGGACCCUGGAAUUCCGGCAAACUUCCCUUAUAAGGCCAAGAUUCUGGAAGAAAUUGAAAUGUCCAAGCAGAGAGCAAAAGAAGAGAGAGAGAUGGUCAAACAACAAAGACUUGAGGCCAAGAGGUUAGCUAUGGAAGGCGCCGGAGAUGUGAUGGAUGAAGAUAUGAAUUCCGAUGAUGAUAUUGACAACGGGUUAGCGGCUUUGGUUGAAUCAGCCCAGAAUGCCGCUCAGGAAUACGAAGACCAGGGAGAUGACGAUGAAGCAUACCAUGAUGUGGUCGAGCAUGAUAUCGACUUUUACAAUGGCAGUGAUGAAGAGGGAUCUGAACUGGAAAAGUCAAGGAAGGCAUACGAUAAAAUUUUCAAGACCGUGGUGGACGCUUCUGACGUGAUUCUGUAUGUGCUCGAUGCUAGAGAUCCUGAGGGAACACGUUCUAGGAAAGUGGAGCAGGCAGUUUUGCAAAGCCAAGGCAAGAGGCUGAUCCUACUUCUAAAUAAAGUGGAUCUUGUCCCUCCUUAUGUUUUGGAACAAUGGCUGAAUGUGCUCAAGUCUAGCUUCCCUACCAUUCCUCUGAAGUCAGCUCCAGGAGCAACCACCUGCUCAUCUUUCAACAAGAAACUCACCCAAACGGUCACUGCCACUGCGCUUCUGGAAGCCUUGAAAACUUAUUCCAACAACAGUAACCUAAAGCGCUCCAUCGUUGUGGGUGUCAUUGGUUAUCCAAAUGUUGGUAAAUCAUCGGUAAUCAAUUCUUUGCUAUCUCGUCGUGGCGGGCACUCCAAGGCUUGCCCGGUGGGUAACCAAGCAGGUGUGACGACUUCUCUGAGAGAAAUCAAAGUGGAUAAUAAACUGAAGAUCUUAGACUCCCCGGGUAUCUGCUUCCCCAGUGACAGUAAGAAAAAGAGUAAGACUGAACAAGAAGCUGAGCUAGCUCUGCUGAAUGCUUUGCCAUCAAAGUAUAUCGUAGACCCAUAUCCAGCAGUCUUGAUGUUAAUCAAAAGGCUAGCAAAAUCAGACGAAAUGGUAAACAGUUUUAAGACACUAUAUGAGAUACCUCCAAUUCCAGCAAAUGAUCCUGAGACCUUCACGAAACACUUCCUGAUUCACAUAGCCAGGAAGAGGGGCAGGCUGGGCAAAGGAGGUGUGCCAAAUCUAGCCAGCGCUGGUAUAUCUGUGCUCAAUGAUUGGAGGGACGGAAAAAUUAUGGGCUGGGUGUUGCCUAACGCUUCUAAAGGCACUGAAAAUGGUAUUGACACACAGCCAAAUACUCUAAGUACAGGUGUGUCACAGGCGCCAGCUAAAAUGGAAGAAACCUCCAUCGUACCGGAAUGGUCUAAGGAAUUCGAUCUGGACGGAUUGUUUGCCUCUUUGGACAACGCUAUCAAGUCUGAAAAGCAGCAAGACGAGACUAUAUAG